GGGAGGUUUCAUUGAUGGUUAAUCAUGAAUGAAAAUGAAACUAAGAAUACAUACUGUAGAAAAAGAAGUCGCCAGACUGGGCUUUAAAAAGUUUGGUGUCUUACACAUUAGAGAGUGAGUGUCUUCACUCAGCUGGGUUUUUCAAAAUUUGGUUAUUGCAACGAAUUCCCUUCUUUCAUAAAGCUGAGCUGAUUGUACUUUGGGCUACCAAUGGGUUAAACACUAUCCCCUCAGUCAGAGGGAAAUUGGCCGUGACAAACACUGCUGCUGACUCGCAAUGCAGGGCUUCGGGAGGUAUAAAGACGGAGUUCAGGGCGGGGAAGACACAGCUUUCUCAGGGACGGAAGCCACAACAAUUAGAGAAAACCCGUCGGCAAUUAUGGAUUCAUCUGACAGUCAAAGGAAAAAGAUAGCAGUCAUUGGUGGUGGCUUGGUUGGAUCAUUAAAUGCAUGCUUCCUUGCAAAGAGGAAUUUCCAAGUUGAUGUAUAUGAAGCUAGGGAAGAUAUCCGAGUGGCUGAAUUUGCGCGCGGAAGAAGCAUUAACUUGGCCCUUUCUUACAGAGGACGACAAGCCUUGAAAGCCAUUGGCCUAGAAGACCAGAUUGUAUCCCGAGGUGUUCCCAUGAGGGCAAGAAUGAUUCACUCUCUUUCAGGAAAAAAGUCUGCCAUUCCCUAUGGAACAAAGUCCCAGUACAUUCUUUCUAUAAGCAGAGAAAACCUGAACAAGGAUCUGUUGACUGAGGUUGAGAAAUACCCCAACGCAAAGGUGCACUUUGGCCACCGGAUGUUGAAGUGUAACCCCGAGGAAGGGCGGCUCACUGUGCUUGGAUCUGACAAAGUUCCCAAAGAUGUCACCUGUGACCUCAUUGUAGGGUGUGAUGGAGCCUAUUCAACUGUCAGAGCUCACCUCAUGAAGAAACCCCGCUUUGAUUAUAGUCAGCAAUACAUUCCUCAUGGAUACAUGGAGUUGACUAUUCCACCUAAGGAUGGGGGCUAUGCCAUGGAACCUAAUUACCUGCAUAUUUGGCCUAGAAAUACCUUUAUGAUGAUUGCACUUCCUAACACGAACAAAUCUUUCACGUGCACUUUAUUCAUGCCCUUUGAAGAGUUCGAAAAGCUCCUAACUAGUAGUGAUGUGCUGGAUUUCUUCCAGAAGUACUUUCCGGAUUCCAUCCCUCUAAUUGGAGAGCGAGCCCUGACACAAGAUUUCUUUCUGCUGCCCGCCCAGCCCAUGAUAUCUGUCAAGUGCUCUUCUUUCCACUUUAAAUCACACUGUGUGCUGCUGGGAGAUGCGGCCCACGCCAUCGUGCCCUUCUUCGGGCAAGGAAUGAAUGCGGGCUUCGAAGACUGCUUGGUAUUUGAUGAGUUAAUGGAUAAAUUCAAUAACGACCUUAGUAUGUGUCUUCCUGAAUUCUCAAGAUUUAGAAUUCCAGAUGACCAUGCAAUUUUGGACCUAUCCAUGUACAAUUACAUAGAGAUGCGAGCACAUGUCAACUCAAGGUGGUUCAUCUUCCAAAAGAAUAUUGAGAGAUUUCUUCAUGCCAUUAUGCCAUCAACGUUUAUUCCUCUCUAUACCAUGGUCACCUUUUCCAGAAUAAGAUACCAUGAGGCUGUGCUGCGCUGGCAUUGGCAAAAAAAGGUGAUAAACAAAGGACUCUUUUUCUUCGGAACACUGAUAGCCAUCAGCAGUACCUACCUACUUACGCGCUGCAUGUCACCGAGAACCCUGGACUACUUGAGAAGACCAUGGGACUGGGUCACUUACUUCCAGAAUACAGGAUGAAGUCAAUAGCAGGGGCUCCUCUGUGCUCUUCUCCUUCUACUAGAACCUUGGAGGUCAAGGUCUGAAGAUGGUAACAUCACAGCAUGGAAGAAACCUAGAUUCCUACGUGACUGCAUGGAGCAGAUCCCAUCUCCACCAAAUACCCUGGACCGUGGACUCUGAUCUGAAUGAGGAAUAAACUCUUUCUUGUUAAUCCAUUGAAAUGUUAGGGUUUUUUGUUACAAUAGUUAGUCUAUCAUAACCAAUAAAACAUAAAUACAAAGUUACUUAAUUUAAUUUUUAUUCCCUCUGUUUAGAGCGAAAUAAAAUGGUAAUACAUGGGCUUUCCCAGAUCAGGAAAUGUCAAUGAAAAAUAUAAUAAAUAGCUACGUUGAUUUCUGUCUUCUUUGAACUCCAUUUAUAUACGAGUUAGCAUUUAGUUUAUACUCACAUUUAAAAA